GUUUGUUAGCCUUCAGAGGAACUCCUCAAGGAGGAACUCCUCAAGGGUUAUUGGAUGGAGUAUUUCAAGCCCCAGGCAGAUACCAGCAUCAGCUGGUACCAAGUGAACCAUAAAGGAAAAGGAGGUGCAAGGAAAGAAUCGGACAGACUAAGCUACAACCUUUAACUGAGCAAUAUGUGGAAUGGUCCCUCCUGUGGAAGGAUCAUUACAGUAGGAACACACAGCCUGGGAGGUUCCUGCAGGACACUGUUGAUAACUUUUGGACAUGGCUGGUGGAAGAGUCAUUAAGGGUGGUAAAACUACUGGCAAGUCGGUGCUCUGCUUUGGCUUCCCUUUGAGCAUUUUCUUCAUCGUCAUCAAUGAGUUCUGCGAGCGGUUCUCCUACUAUGGCAUGAAAGCUGUGCUCACUUUGUAUUUCUCACGUUUCCUACACUGGGAAGACAACUUUGCCACUGCCAUCUACCAUACAUUUGUUGCUCUGUGUUACUUGACGCCAAUCCUUGGAGCAAUCAUUGCGGACUCUUGGCUGGGAAAGUUUAGGACCAUUCUCUACCUGUCCAUUGUUUAUGCAAUUGGGCAGGCAGUGCUGUCUGUGGGCUCCAUAAAUGACCUGACGGAUCACAACCAAGAUGGCUUUCCCGAUGCUAUCGCAGUGAACAUUGCUUUGUCCGUUGUUGGCUUGAUCCUUAUUGCCUUGGGUACUGGUGGGAUCAAACCAUGUGUGUCAGCAUUUGGUGGAGAUCAGUUUGAAGAUGAUCAGGAAAAGCAAAGAGGUACCUUCUUCUCUCUCUUUUAUUUGUCCAUUAAUGCUGGAAGUCUCUUAUCUACUUUAAUCACUCCAACUAUCAGAGCUUCACAGUGUGGCAUUCAUAGCAAACAGGAAUGUUACCCGCUCGCUUUUGGAGUUCCUGCUAUCCUCAUGGCUGUUGCCUUGGUUGUGUUCGUAAUUGGAAGCAAAAUGUACAAGAAAGUUAAACCACAAGGAAACGUAAUGCUUGAAGUUUUCAAAUGUGUUAGAUUUGCCAUCAGAAACAAGUUUCGUCAUCGAAGCAGGGGACACCCCAAGAGAGAGCACUGGCUGGACUGGGCAAGUGAGAAGUAUGAUAAACGACUGAUUGCUCAGAUAAAGAUGGUGUUGAGGGUGCUUUUCCUUUACAUCCCUCUCCCCAUGUUCUGGGCAGUUUUUGACCAGCAGGGGUCAAGAUGGACACUGCAAGCCACAGCAAUGAAUGGGGAUUUUGGUUUUCAAAUUCAACCAGACCAAAUGCAGAUUGUGAAUCCAAUCCUGAUUGUUGUAAUGGUCCCAGUUGUAAAUUCUGUGGUUUAUCCUUUAAUCAAGAAAUGCAAGCUGAAUUUUACGCCCCUGAAGAAGAUGACUGUGGGGAUGUUCCUUGGCUCUAUGGCUUUUGUUGCUGCUGCCCUUGUGCAAGUGCAAAUAGAUAGGAGCAAUCCAGUUUUCCCUGCAGCUGGGCAAGCUCAAAUUAAAUUAAUAAAUCUGGGUGCUGUUCCUGCAACAGUUCAAUUCCAGCCUCAACUUCAGACUGUGAAUCUAACACCUAAGGAAGAGACUGGCUACAUGACAUUUGAGACUUCUAAGCUGCAAUCAUUAGACAUAAUUUCUGCAAAUCAAAAUAAAACUGAGCAUUUGGAGCUGCAGGAGGGACAGCGCUACACUUUGGCAUUUAAAUGGGUUCCAAUGGACAUCAAUUAUACUUGGAUAGAGGACAAUGUCACAUCAAAACCAACAGAUGGAAGAAGUCUUGUCAGGUUCAUAAACAAUUUCAGUUUUACUGUCAAUGUUACUAUGGAUGACAUGGUUUUUGGAGAACUGGAUCCUCUUUCUGUCACUAAUUACACCGUCAUUCCAAAUCCAGGCUGGUCAUAUACAAUUAGGGCUUCAACGCCUCAAUACACUUGUACAGUUGGUUCAAAGGAAUUUGGAUAUGGUGGUGUCUAUACCAUUUCACUUGAUGAUUGUGUUGAAAAGAAACUUAUCAUUACACACUUUGAAGAUAUUGCACCAAAUACAGUCCAUAUGGCUUGGCAGAUCCCUCAGUAUUUUCUUCUUACAUGUGCAGAAGUGCUGUUCUCUGUCACUGGGCUGGAGUUUUCAUACUCACAGGCCCCGUCUAACAUGAAGUCAGUGCUGCAGGCAGGAUGGCUGCUGACUGUGGCUGUUGGUAACAUAAUUGUCCUUAUUGUGGCUGGGGUAUCUGCAAUCCAACAGCAGUGGGCAGAGUAUGUGCUGUUUGCUGCCCUGCUGUUGGUAGUUUGCAUCAUUUUUGCUAUCAUGGCUUCUUUUUAUACCUAUAUUGAUCCCAAUGAGAUUGAAGCUCAGUUCAGCAAGGAAGAAAAGGAAGAAGACAAGAAGGAUCAAGACAGCAAUGAAAAGAAAACUGAAACUGAUUCUCGACUGUAAAAGCUGUAUUCAAGGAGUGUUUGUAAAUCAUGGAAUCGAGGAAAUCCCACUCAUUCUCCUGCAGUCAGAGGAAUCAGGGUAUCAGUAAUAACACCUCUGGUUUACAUGCCUUGUGGAAGACAUUAAGCAAAACUGGUUUAACUUAAAGUGCAGCCUCUCUAGGGAAGCAACAGGAAAAUAUUGUUCUCUCUUGUACUGAAUGUGGUGUCCUGAAGAAACUCCAGCAGAAGUUGCACUCUUAAUGUACCUCAAUCUUAUAUAAAUAUUAUAGCAUUAUAAUAUUGAAAUUAGACUUGGAAGUUUUGGACCCUUUGAAAAGAUGUAUUUUUAUACUGUACUUCAAUUUUAUAUUGUGAAAGAAACAAGACUUUUUCAAGGAACAGCAAUUGAAGCCAAGCUCUCUGCCUGAUCUCUAGCAUCACUGUUACUUGAAAACAGCAGGUCACACGUGCCUUAAAUUCUUUUGUACUUCCUUAUAGAUAAUGGGAGCAAAGCUCUGGCAGUGAUCAGAUUAAAAUGUUGUCCGUGUUCCAAGUGGCAGUAACUUGGAUGUGCACUGUAAUAUAAUGCUUUAUCUGCCUGUUAACUACCCAUUUAACUCCUGUUAUGUCUUUAGUUAAUAUUAGAAGUG